UUGCUUAAAAAGGAAGCUAAAAAGGGCAAAAAGGACGCGCCGUUUUAGAAUCCCGACGGCGUCUGGGUAGGAAAGCGAAGGUCCGUAACGGUGCCGUUACCUGCUUCCCCGUGAACGGAACAGUGAGAGAGACCCCACUCAAAACGGGCAAACACAACCGCCAGCCAAGGAAACGAAAUUAAAUCUCAGCCGUUGAAAGAAUCGACGGCUCCAGACCAUUUCUUCAUCAUCUUCCCCCACAUAAACCCUUUCCCCUGUUUUUAAUCCUUUUUUAAUUUAACCAGAAAAACCUCAUAAAACUUUUACAAGUGUCCAUAGAGAGAGAGAGAGAAGAAUGAACGAGAUGAGCGAGAGAGAUUCUAAAGAGACUAGCUUUGAAGGAUCAAGCAUCAAGAGGAUGAGACUCGAACUCGAUGGUGAUGACUCAGCUGUUUCACGCUCACAGGAGCGAACGGUUUCUUCUUCUCUGGCUUAUUCUGCUUCAGAUUCUGAAGAUGAAGAUCAUCGGAGCUCAAGCGUCAGCUCCGGCUGUUCUAGCAGCGAAAUCGCCAGAGAUACUGGUCUGCCAUUUUUAGAUCUCGAGCAAAUCUCCGAAACCGAAGUAUCGUCAUUAAUCACCAUCAAUUUCAGAGCACAAGGAAGUCCAUCGAGCGAGAUUCUGGGAGAAAUGGACUCGGCCACGACGACGACCAAGACGGAGAGGAGAGUUGGGCAAAAGCAAGAGAAGAAGGCAAAAGCACCGACGCAGGCUGAGCUUGACGACUUCUUCUCCGCGGCGGAGAGAGGCCAGCAGAAACGAUUCACGGACAAGUACAACUAUGAUAUCGUUAAUGAUACGCCGCUUGAAGGUCGCUACGAGUGGGUUAGUCUCAAGCCGUAAAAGGCUAAGAAGAAGAAGAUGCUUUAGUUACACGACGUCGUAGGUACUCUGUGAGUUUUGUCACAGAUAGAGAGAAUCGUAGCUUAGGAUCGUUUUAUUUCGUUAUUGUACAGUCAGUCUUAUUUUAGUUUCCUUAUUUAUCUUCUUCUUAUGUUCGUCGUACCACGAGAAGCAAAAAAAAAGACGCAGCUUUCUUUUUCAA